GUUUAAUGCGAUGGACUCAGCUGCAUGAUUACACAUUAUUAAUGGAGGUAUUGACCUUCGAGCCAUGGCAGUUUAAAUGUGGAUCAAAAGAAAGAGGAGAUUCAUGGGAAAUAACUAUCCAGCAAUUAGAGCAUAAUAAUGGAAAGAUUGAUGUGGAUAAUGUUCAAGCAAUAGAAUUGCGUAAAAGGUCAUUAGAGACACAUAAGGAAACUGAAAAGCGAAACAAAGGACAAAAACUCUUAAAAAAGUCAAGAAAUAAUAGCAAUGAAACUAUUGCUUAUUUAAAAGAGAAGAAUGAAAUAGAAGUAAAUAUUAGAAAAGAAGAACUGGAAAUUAAAAAAAGAGAAGUUGAAGCACAAGUAUACACAAUGCAACACAUUCUGCAGCAACAAAAUACCUUGAUGCAGCAACAAAAUAACAUGAUGCAGGCUAUGAUGUAA